UUGGGGCGUCCCGGCCCCGGAGGAGGGACCCGGAAGCAGAAGCGGAGCCGCGAGUGGAGCCGAGCCGCUGUCCCCGCUGCCCGCCGGCGCCGGCUGGGGGUCCCGGCGGCUGGAUGGGCAGCGGCGGCGCGGGCCGCGGCCGGCGAUGGGCGAGGAGCAGAGCACGGUGAGCGGCGGCGGCGGGCCCCAGGAGGCGCGAAUCCCAGACCGGGGCGCUGCGGGUCACCCCGAGCCCCCGAGGCCGCGGAGGGACGGCGCCGAGGCUACGGGGCCAAGGGCUGCCUCGGCCGAUCUGAGCGGCGGCAGCGGAGGCGGCUGCGGAAGCGACUCCGGCUGCGCGGACACCAGAACCCCAGAGCCCGCCGGCCGCCGCGGGGUGGCGGGGUGGAAGAAGCCAGCACCUGGGCAGCACGCAGGACUGGCGCUCACCGGGCCCCUCGACCCCCAGACUUUGCAACUGCAGCUGGAGCAGGAGGAAGAGGAGGAAAGGGAAGAAGCUAGUCACCGAGAAGAGGGAGGGGAUGCACUGCAGGAGGCGCCCCCCGGCGAGGACCCCGAGCUCCGGACCCGAAUGGGGGCCCCCGACGGGCUGGUCCUGGACAUGCUGGGUCCCCGGCGCCCGCCCUCCACCAGACAAGUCUUCUGCUCGGUGUACUGCGUGGAGAGCGACCUGCCGCGGGUCCCCUCCUCCGAGCAGCCCUCGCCGUCGGCCUCCCCACCCAGGGCUCCCCUGGUCUCGAACCCCUCCAGUCCUCAAUCUUCCUUCCCCAGCCCCCAACUGUCCCUUCCAGCUGACCCCCUCUCCCCCGACGGCGGCAGCAUCGAGCUGGAGUUCUACCUGGCGCCAGAGCCUUUCUCCGUGCCCAGCCUGUUAGGAGCUCCACCCUACUCCGGCCUGGGCGGAGUAGGGGAUCCCUAUGCGCCCCUCAUGGUGCUGAUGUGCCGGGUGUGCCUGGAAGACAAGCCCAUCAAGCCCCUGCCCUGCUGCAAGAAGGCCGUGUGUGAGGAGUGCCUCAAAAUCUACCUGAGCUCUCAGGUACAACUUGGCCAAGUAGAAAUCAAGUGUCCCAUCACAGAGUGUUUUGAAUUCUUGGAAGAAACAACUGUGGUCUAUCAUUUAACCCAUGAAGACUCAAUCAAGUAUAAAUAUUUCUUGGAACUUGGCCGUAUUGAUUCCAGCACCAAGCCAUGUCCUCAGUGCAAGCACUUUACAACCUUUAAGAAAAAAGGACACAUCCCCACCCCUUCCAGAUCAGAAAGCAAAUACAAAAUCCAGUGCCCCACUUGCCAAUUUGUCUGGUGUUUUAAGUGCCAUUCUCCUUGGCAUGAAGGUGUUAACUGCAAGGAGUACAAAAAAGGAGACAAGCUGUUACGUCACUGGGCCAGCGAAAUUGAACAUGGGCAGAGGAACGCCCAGAAGUGUCCCAAGUGCAAGAUCCACAUCCAGAGAACUGAAGGAUGUGACCACAUGACCUGUUCACAGUGUAACACUAAUUUUUGUUAUCGAUGUGGAGAGAGAUACCGCCAACUCCGGUUUUUUGGAGACCACACAUCAAACCUCAGUAUAUUUGGAUGCAAAUAUCGCUACCUCCCAGAGAGACCUCAUUUAAGGAGAUUAGUGCGAGGGUCAGUCUGUGCUGGAAAAUUAUUCAUUGCACCUCUCAUCCUGGUUUUGGGAUUAGCACUAGGGGCCAUAGCAGUUGUAAUCGGUUUAUUUGUAUUUCCUAUCUAUUGCCUUUGUAAAAAGCAGAGAAAACGGUCACGGACAGGUAUGCACUGGUAAGAUGCAGAUGACUUCACCCAACUCAAACUGGCCCAGCAGAAGCUGUAUAGGAUGGAACACCACCUGUGAGUCAUGUCAGGAGGAACACUGAGAGGACCUUAUGCCAUCUCGUCUCCCCGUGGUUCUCUGCAGGCCACAAGCCUCUAGCUACGGUGCACUCCCAACAUGGUAUCCUGUCCUUUACCUAAACAAAUUGCUGCUUUUCAAAAAUGGUCACUUUCAUAAACAUCUGUAUGGUAACUGACAUUCAUGGUUCUUGGAAGAAAAUAUUUUUCCUUAAGAACUGAUUAUCCUCAGAGUUUCUCUGAGGAGACCUCUCCUGAGCAUUGCUUGGACUGUCUGAACCUUGAACCUCCCUCCAGCCUGUAUAAGAGACUUGUUGUGAAUAGCUGAAAUCCCAUGGGUCCCCACAAGCAAGGCCACCUUUCAGAACAUGUGAGUUCACCAUAUGCACCAGUUUUCAACAGUGGCCCAAGCAAGAUAUGACCUUUGGAUAUGACCAUCGGUAAAACUAUCAAUGCCCAGUGAAGCUAAAUGUGGAGAGUCUUGACUUACUGGCGUGUGUAUGAGUAGGAAUGUGAAUGUGUGUAUAUACAAAUAUAUAUUAAAGCUAGGCCCCAUAGCCUUGUGCUUAUCUAUUUCCAUGUCUCUAUACUAUUUUUCCACAUUUUCACAGACCUAUUUAGAGAUGAUGAUUGCUUUGUGCGUGUAAUUUGGUAAUAUAUUGAAUUAAUAUCUUUGUAGAAAACAGGCUGUUUUGAUAUCCACCCUUUCUGUUUCUUGCUCUCUCUUGUCACCUACACAGGCAUUUGUGCAAUGUCACCCCAAAUCAUAUCAAGCUUUGUAAACUGACAAAACAAAUAGAAGGCUUUUAGGAAAUUCUUGAGACCCAAAUACUCAAUUUUUUUUUAUAGCUUUCUUGUGUAUUGGCAUUCAUGCUUCACUCCGUGGAUGAGUAUUUCACAUAGGAUUAUUUAAUCCAAAGAGCUAGUUUUGCUAUAAUGGAAACAAAUCCUUUUUCCUUUCAGUUUUAGUUAGCAAUUUAUAAUUAUAGAUAAUUCUACUCUAGAUCGAGUUUAAAUUAUUUAACCCCCACCCUCUUCUCCCUUGCUCUGUUUUUUUUUUAUUGGUCUUCAAGUUUUUCCUAAAAACAAAUACUAGUUUUUAAAGAAUUUUUCUUAACUUGCUGCUUGUAGACUCAAUAAUUUGUUCAUAUCUCCUUUAGAGGCCUAACUUGAAAUGAAACUUUUUGCAAUUAUAGAUUCAUCUAAAAUCUAAACUGUUUUGAAGAAGGGACAAUAAAAACAAUGAAAAUAUUUUCAGAAAGCUCUUCUAAGAGGUGAAGUCUGAAAACCAAGAGAAUUUCCUAAACUAUUAUAUUCCUUUAUUUUUAGCACAAAAGUUCAUCAGCAAAAAAAGACCCCAAGAAGCUUAAAUUUUCACUUGUCUAAAAAUUCUCAAAAUUAGCUAUCUGCCACAGAUGAAGCAUUUGUCAGCAACACUGUCUGCCUUGAAAUAGAUUAUAUAAUAAAACAUGCAUUCACAUAGCUCUUCUGAGUAGGACACUGGAGUAUAAGAACAUACAUCAUUUUUUGUUUGACCUAACAAAGUCCAUGAUGAUGAAGGUUACUUGCAAGCUAGCUUGCUUGCAUCCUUUCUGAGUAAUGGAAUAGCGAUAUAGCUUCUCGACUGAGUGGUAUACGUCCAGUUAGAGGAGGAUAACAUAGUUAUAGCUAUUCUAGAAGAGCAUCUCUCUACACAUAACCUGAGACAAAAAGCAAUGCUUUAUUUUUGCAAAGUCAUCUUUCCAUCCAUUCAUUGGUUUUGAAGAUAUUUAUUAAGUACUUUCUUCAGGUUCUCUAGCAUUAGACCAGAAAAAUGAAAAUUUGUAGUGCAUUUUCAUGCUUCUGUCAUAAGAAAAAGUGGUUUGUUUUUGGAAAAAUUCAUUUUUCCUGGACUUAGGCAUCAGUUUGGCAAAGGAUGAAUAUCAUGGUUUUGUAUAUGUGUAAUAUAUAUAUAUAUAUAUAUAUAUAUAUAUACAUCAUAUACAUAUAUGCCAACUGGAUAAACGAUACACUUUCUGAUUUUAUAUCAUGUAUUUUCCUAGGUUACUGUAUCUGUUGUCUUUUGCCUACUCAGGGAUUUUUAUUCCUUUCUUUAAAUAACUUAUCUUUUGAAACUAUUUUUAUAUGAUUUGGAAAACUUUCCAGUAUGACAGUUACAAUGGUGUCAGUGAAGGCUGUUCCAUCAGUGAUUGGGAGGGUAUGCACUGUAUUGCACAGGAUUCUCAUUUUCCUAUUGCAUAGAUUUUUAAAUAAAUAUAUGCAAUUUUCUCUUUAAAGGUUGAAGUAUGUGAAGUAUUUCCUUGCUGGUAACUCAAAGUAAUUGGUAAUUUUCUUUAUAUUAAGUUUCAAGAUUUUAAAAAGAGAAAAGAAAUUAAGAGGAUAAUUUAUAUGUCAGUGCCAACUUUGAAGGUAAACAGUAGUAAAACUUUUAGGAUAAAUUCUAAAAAUUACCUUAGAGAAAGAAAUGUGCACAUUAAGUGACUAUCUUUGUAUUGGAGACUUGUCAUUUUUUAUAUAUGUUAUAGUAUAAACUUAAUAUAUGCUCCUUUAAAAAUCCCACAAUGCGGGGCUGGGGGUAUGGCCUAGUGGCAACAGUGCUU